AUGCUGGUCUCAAGCACUUGCACUGGCCAUGAAGCGGCGGAGGUGGACGGCCUCGAGACCUGCGUGUCGGCGGAGCGACCGAAGAAGUAUGGGAAGAUCACGUUGAGGGAUCCGUUGCUCACGCCCUGGACCAAGGAAGGAAAUGCGAAGUCAGGCAUCAAGCAUUGGUUGGACAAUGUUGGACAACAGCUGCGAAUUCCUUUUGAAGAGGUUACAACCAGGCGUUGUGCUUGGAGGCUAAGUGAGGCGCGACUUCGAUUAGCCCUCACCAAGUUCUAUGCCAACCGAAAGAGCGACAAGCUGGGCAACCUGGACCGCAUCGUGGAUCGCUACGAGGGACGGGUGGUAGAGCUUUGGGCAUCCUUGGGCUUGAAGUACUCAUUGCCUCCCAAUGUGGCAGUACAGUGGCUGGCAAACACCUUGGACCCGCACGCGGCGGUGCAGUUCGCCAGCGGCGUAGCAGUGCCAGCGAGUGUGCAGGAAGUGCUCAUGCACUUGGGUGAGGAGCCGGAGGAGGCGAGUGUAGAAUCUGCGCUGAGAUCAGCAAUGCAAGCCAAAGACACGGACAUCCUCGCAGCCGUGAGCUUCCGACAUGGCUGUCCUGCCGAGCAGCGACCGGGUGUUUGGCGCGCCAUGCUCGGACCGACCAGGACGGUGGAAGACGAGCAAACUCUCAGAGAGAGGCGCUGGGCCUACGAGGAGCUGAGAUCGAAGGCGAGAGCCAAGGGGGUCUUCGGUGAGACCAUCUACUGGAGCUCUACUGUGGUUGCCUCAGCUCCGGUGGUUGGUUUCAACGGCUUGGCGCCACUCACGGAGCAGUCGGUGUUUUGGGGCUUUCUCCCCAUUCUUUGGUGGUGGAUGUCAACACAGACCUUGGAAUCGAUGAUCCGACGGGCCAUUGGUUCCAUCCUUUUGGGCUUUGCUGCAGGCUGUGCUGACGAGCAGUGCGCCGAGGCAGGCUUUGACCUCGAAGCCACGGACGGCGAGGCAGAGGUUCUGAAAGUGAGCCUUCUGCAGACGAACGUCAAGACGCCCACAGUUCCUGAUGAUAGCUUCCGACUCUUUCAAGAGAGCGACCGGGAUCAGGGCAUCUGGGACACUCUGGGAGGAAUCCUCCACAAGGCGGAGAAGAACACGGCGGAGAUCCAGAAGACGGUUCUGGAUAGCAUCGUGUCGCAGACAGACACCGCCCUGGAUGAUGUGGACCAGGUGAUCAAUAAAUAUGCGGCCGACGCGGAGGAGGCGGAGAUGAAGUUUGUGCAGAAGGCGAAUGCCUCCAUCACAGAUCAAGUCCAGCUUAUCAAGAAGAAGGUGGCCUCUGUGAUGGACAAGGCACGCGCCUUCUGGCGGAAUUCCAAGCAGCAGGUGGUGCGAGUGCAGAACAUUGUGGUGGGCACACUCGCCACAGUGGGCCAGACAGACACAGCAAUCCAUCUCAAUGGAACGCUCGUGACGCUUCUGCAACGCCUGGAUAGCGCCUCAGACUCCACGUUGACCGUAGCCAAGGAUGCACGAUCAGUGACGGCUGAGACGGCCUCCUGCUCAGUUUUGAAGCUCAACUCCACUCUGGCGCGGGCCACACACGAGGUGGAAGCUUUCACUCGCCAGUUCGAGGAGGUCUUCAAGGCGACGGAAGCCAAGCUCUUGGAGCUCUCCAAGAAGCUUCCUGGUCAGCUCACACAGCAGGCCGCCGAGGCGGCUGCGCAACUGAGACAGCGAGGUUUGGCCACGGCCGACCACGUCCUGAGGGUCUAUGAGAAGGUGGCGUCCAAGCAGGUUGAGAUCAUCAACCGGCUGCAGGCCACCUGCGUGGAGCAAGGUAAAGCUUGUGGAGAGGGAGGCCUCUUCAACAACAUUAAGGCUGGUUUCAGAGUCAAGUCAUAUUCACACUGUUGA